GGGUGAGGAACCAUGAGCAUCUCCAGUGCUGGAAACACUCUGACCCACUGGGGUGAUGCAGCUGUGCUGGGGAAGGAUGCAGAGUCCUGGUGAGGGUGCAAGCUCCCAAAUCCCGGGCAGCUGGGUUCCAGGUGCUGGGGCUCAGGUGGGGGUUCCCACUGCUGUCUGCCCCCAUGCCCACCCAGGCCCUUGUGGGCCUGGGUCCAGCUUGGCCAGCCACGAUCAGUGUCAGCCGGUGUGAUGACACAGCUGCAGGGUCCUGAGCACCUGGCUGGCCUCCACUGGUGCCCUGCUGUCCCCACAGCUACCACGGUCUUGUGCAGGGCAGCCCCAGGGCAGGGCAGCCCCAGGGUGGCCAUUCGGUGCUGUGCUGUGGCCAUUCGGUGCUGUGCUGUGGCCAUUCGGUGCUGUGCUGUGGCCCGGUGGAGCUACCCAGCCACUCUCCUUCUUCCUGUCCUCGCGUGGCUGCGGAACACAGCGUGUUUACUAAACAAGGUGAUGAAACAGUUAAGGCAGAGAUGGAGUGUGCGUUUCGUCACCGUGGGAAGGGAGAAGGGAGCGUGAGUCGGCGCUGAGGGGUCUGAGGGUGACUCACUGCCCUCCCACCCCAUAAAUAGGAGCGGGUAGCCCGGCGGCACCCAGAGCAGACAGCGGGGACCAGCACAGCCACAUCCCUCCUGUCACCGCCGAGCCAUGGCACUCCUCCUGGCCCCGCUUGUCGUCGGGCUGCUGGCCGUCUCCUGCUGUGCGGCCCCUCUCCAGGGCAAGCCGCAGGCAGUUGUCACCUUCCCCGGGGACCUGAUCAGCACCCUGCCGGAUCUACAGCUGGCAGAGCGCUACCUGCAGAGGUUUGGCUACACCACGGAGGCAGAGGCUAAGAUUGGUAACAGGCACGUGUCCCUGGGCAAGGCACUGCUCAAGAUGCAGAAGCAGCUGGGCCUGGAGGAGACAGGAGAGCUGGAUGCUGCCACACUGGAGGCCAUGCGAGCCCCCCGCUGUGGUGUCCCUGACGUGGGAAGCUUCCUUACCUUUGAGGGGGACCUCAAGUGGGACCACAUGGACCUGACUUACCGGGUGAUAAACUACUCCCCCGACCUGGAUCGUGCUGUGAUUGAUGACGCCUUCAGACGAGCGUUCCAAGUGUGGAGUGAUGUGACCCCUCUCACCUUCACCCAGAUAUACAGCGGCGAGGCAGACAUCAUGAUCAUGUUUGGCAGCCAAGAGCAUGGGGACGGGUACCCCUUCGAUGGCAAGGAUGGGCUGCUGGCCCACGCCUUUCCCCCCGGCCAGGGCAUCCAGGGUGAUGCCCACUUUGACGACGAUGAGUUCUGGACACUGGGAACUGGCUUAGUGGUGAAGACCCGCCACGGGAAUGCCAAUGGAGCCGAAUGCCACUUCCCCUUCAUCUUCGAGGGCCGCUCCUACUCCCGGUGCACCACGGAGGGGCGCAAGGAUGGGCUGCCCUGGUGUGCCACCACCUCCAACUAUGACCAAGACAAGAAAUACGGCUUCUGCCCCAGCGAGCUCCUCUAUACCAAUGGUGGCAACAGCGAUGGAGCCCCCUGCAUCUUCCCUUUCGUCUUCGAUGGUACCUCCUACGAUACCUGCACCACGGAUGGGCGCUCCGAUGGCUACCGCUGGUGUGCCACCACCUCCAGCUUCGACCAGGACAAGAAAUACGGCUUCUGCCCCAACCGAGACACGGCGGUGAUUGGCGGCAACUCCCAGGGGGACCCGUGCGUUUUUCCCUUCACUUUCCUGGGGCAGUCCUACACCUCCUGCACCAGCCAGGGCCGGCAGGAUGGCAAGCUCUGGUGUGCCACCACCAGCAACUACGACACCGACAAGAAGUGGGGCUUCUGCCCUGACAGAGGUUACAGCAUCUUCCUGGUGGCUGCCCAUGAGUUUGGACACUCACUGGGGCUGGACCACUCCAGUGUGCGUGAGGCCCUGAUGUACCCUAUGUACAGUUACAUCCAGGACUUCCAGCUGCACCCCGAUGAUGUCCAGGGCAUCCAGUACCUCUACGGUCGUGGCUCUGGCCCUAAGCCCACUGCACCUGCACCUGCUCCCACGGAGGAGCCCCAGCCCCUGCCCACGGAGGAGCCCCAGCCUGUGCCCACAGAGGAGACCCAGCCCCUGCCCACAGAAGAGACCCAGCCCAUGCCCACAGAGGCUGGCAGCACCUCCACCACUGAGGAGGAGGAGGAGGAGACACCAGAGCCCACAGUUGGACCCAUUCCUGUGGACCCCAGCCGGGAUGCCUGCAUGGAGAAGAACUUUGAUGCUAUCACAGAGAUCAAUGGAGAGCUGUACUUCUUCAAGGAUGGGAAAUACUGGACCUACUCAUCCUUCUGGAAAUCGGGCAUCCAGGGUGCCUUCUCUGUUGCUGAUACCUGGCCUGGCCUCCCAGACACCAUCGAUGCUGUUUUCCAGGAUUUGCUCACCAAGAGGGUUUUCUUCUUUGCUGGUCGGCAGUUCUGGGUAUUUUCUGGGAAGAGUGUGCUGGGCCCCCGGGGGAUCGAGAAGUUGGGUAUAGGGAAGGAAGCCGGCCGCCUCUCGGGGGCCCUGCAGCGGGGCCGCGGCAAAGUGCUGCUCUUCAGCGGGGAGAGCUACUGGAGGCUGGAUGUGAAGGUUCAGAGGGUGGACAAGGGCUACCCCCGUGCCACCGAUGACGUCUUCACUGGCGUUCCCCUUGAUGCACGCAAUGUGUUCCUCUACCAAGGCGAUGGCAAUCCCAAGGAGAGCAGCCCCUUCAUUAACAGCACGGACCUGGAGAAGGGCAAAGAGUACGAUGGCAAGAACAUGGCCCUCUUCGAGGAGGAGAUGGACACAAGCCCUAUGGUCUCGUCCCUGCUGAGUGGACUGGCCAAUUACACCAACCUGCCGCAGGGCAGCCGGGAGCAUGAGGAGGCUGAGAACAAUGAUGGAGGCAAGAAGAAGCCAGUGCAGGCCCCACGGAUGGGCACCUUCAUGGGUGUCUACCUGCCCUGCCUCCAGAACAUCUUUGGAGUCAUCCUCUUCCUGCGUCUCACCUGGGUGGUGGGGAUCGCCGGCAUCAUGGAGUCAUUCUGCAUGGUCUUCCUCUGCUGCUCCUGCACGAUGCUGACGGCCAUUUCCAUGAGUGCCAUCGCCACCAACGGUGUGGUGCCAGCGGGUGGCUCCUACUACAUGAUCUCACGCUCCCUGGGACCUGAGUUUGGUGGGGCUGUGGGGCUCUGCUUCUACCUGGGCACCACCUUUGCCGGUGCCAUGUACAUCCUAGGCACCAUCGAAAUCCUGCUGGCUUAUAUCUUCCCGGCCAUGGCCAUCUUCAAGGCAGAGGAUGCCAGCGGGGAGGCGGCGGCGAUGCUCAACAACAUGCGUGUGUACGGCACCUGUGUGCUGACCUGCAUGGCCACUGUCGUGUUUGUGGGUGUCAAGUAUGUCAACAAAUUUGCCCUGGUCUUCUUGGGCUGUGUCAUCCUCUCCAUCCUUGCCAUCUAUGCUGGUGUAAUCAAAUCGGCCUUCGACCCACCAAGCUUCCCGAUCUGCCUCCUGGGCAACAGGACCCUCUCACGCCACGGCUUCGACCUCUGCACCAAGAUGGUUGUGGAGGGGAACGAGACGGUUGGCUCCAAGCUCUGGGAGCUUUUCUGCACCUCCCGCUUCCUCAAUGCGACCUGUGAUGAGUAUUUCACCAUGAACAACGUCACCGAGAUCGAGGGCAUCCCCGGCGCUGCCAGCGGCCUCAUCCAAGAGAACCUUUGGAGCUCAUACCUGACCAAGGGCGUGAUCGUGGAGAAGCGGGGGCUGCCCUCCGUGAGCUCCCCCGACACCCCAGUGGACAUGGACCAGCCCUACGUCUUCAGCGACAUGACGUCCUACUUCACCCUGCUCGUCGGCAUCUACUUCCCCUCGGUCACAGGCAUCAUGGCUGGCUCCAACCGCUCUGGAGACCUGCGGGAUGCCCAGAAGUCCAUCCCCACGGGCACCAUCCUGGCCAUUGCCACCACCUCUGCAGUCUAUAUCAGCUCUGUUGUCCUCUUUGGAGCAUGCAUUGAGGGGGUCGUCCUGCGUGACAAGUUUGGUGAGGCCGUCAAUGGGAACCUGGUGGUUGGCACCCUGGCGUGGCCGUCCCCGUGGGUCAUUGUCAUUGGCUCGUUCUUCUCCACCUGUGGGGCCGGGUUGCAGAGUCUCACUGGAGCCCCCCGCCUCCUGCAAGCCAUCUCCAGGGAUGGGAUCGUACCCUUCCUCAGGGUCUUCGGCCAUGGCAAAGCCAACGGGGAGCCGACAUGGGCCCUGCUGCUCACAGCCUGCAUCUGCGAGAUCGGGAUCCUGAUCGCCUCCCUGGACGAGGUGGCUCCCAUCCUCUCCAUGUUCUUCCUCAUGUGCUACAUGUUUGUCAACCUGGCGUGCGCGGUGCAAACGCUGCUGCGGACGCCCAACUGGCGGCCCCGCUUCCGCUACUACCACUGGACCCUGUCCUUCCUGGGCAUGAGCCUCUGCCUGGCCCUGAUGUUCAUCUGCUCCUGGUACUACGCACUGGUGGCCAUGCUGAUCGCUGGCCUCAUCUACAAAUACAUUGAGUACCGCGGGGCGGAGAAGGAGUGGGGUGAUGGGAUCCGGGGCCUGUCCCUGAGUGCAGCCCGCUAUGCCCUGCUGCGGCUGGAGGAAGGGCCCCCGCACACCAAGAACUGGAGGCCGCAGCUGCUGGUCCUGGUCCGUGGGGACCAGGAGCAGAAUGUGGUGCACCCGCAGCUCCUGUCCUUCACGUCGCAGCUCAAGGCCGGGAAGGGCCUCACUAUCGUGGCCUCUGUGUUAGAAGGGACCUUCCUGGACAACCACCCUCAGGCGCAGAGGGCGGAGGAGUCCAUCCGGCGCCUGAUGGAAGCAGAGAAGGUGAAAGGCUUUUGUCAGGUGGUGAUCUCCUCUAACCUGCGGGAUGGCAUGUCCCACCUCAUCCAGUCCAGCGGGCUGGGGGGGCUGCAGCACAACACAGUGCUGGUGGGCUGGCCCCGCAGCUGGCGCCAGAAGGAGGACCACCAGACCUGGAGGAACUUCAUUGAGUUGGUGCGAGAGACCACAGCUGGGCACCUGGCCUUGCUGGUGGCCAAGAAUGUUGCCAUGUUUCCGGGCAACCAGGAGCGGUUCUCGGAGGGCCACAUCGACGUCUGGUGGAUUGUCCAUGAUGGGGGGAUGCUGAUGCUGCUGCCCUUCCUCCUGAGGCAGCACAAGGUGUGGCGUAAGUGCAAGAUGCGCAUCUUCACGGUGGCACAGAUGGAUGACAACAGCAUCCAGAUGAAGAAGGACCUGACCACAUUCCUGUACCACCUGCGCAUCACCGCAGAGGUGGAGGUGGUGGAGAUGCAUGAGAGUGACAUCUCUGCCUACACCUAUGAGAAGACACUGGUGAUGGAGCAGCGUUCCCAGAUCCUCAAACAAAUGCACCUCACCAAGAAUGAGCGGGAGCGGGAGAUCCAGAGCAUCACGGAUGAGUCCCGUGGCUCCAUCCGGCGCAAGAACCCGGCCAACACACGCCUGCGCCUGAACGUCCCCGAGGAGCAGGCUGCUGACGGCGAGGAGAAGCCAGAGGAGGAGGUCCAACUAAUCCAUGACAAGAACGCCACCACCUUCUCCAGCAGCUCCCAGUCCCCUGGUGAUGAGGUGGAGGCAGCCCCUGAGAAGGUGCAUCUCACCUGGACCAAGGAGAAGUCCGUUGCUGAGAAGAACAAGAGCAAGAGCCCUGUCAGCCCUGAGGGCAUCAAGGACUUCUUCAACAUGAAGCCGGAGUGGGAAAACCUGAACCAGUCCAACGUGCGGAGGAUGCACACAGCUGUGAAGCUCAAUGAGGUGAUCGUGAAGAAGUCCCAGGACGCCAAGCUGGUCCUGCUGAACAUGCCAGGGCCUCCCCGUAACCGGAAAGGGGAUGAGAACUACAUGGAGUUUCUGGAGGUGCUGACAGAGCAUCUGGACAGAGUGCUCCUGGUGCGUGGUGGGGGCCGGGAGGUCAUCACCAUCUACUCCUGAAAGACGGCGCGAGAGAGCACCAGAUCUUCCGGGAGCAUCCAGCACCAGAGCAGCUGUUCCUCAUUGCAACACCACAGCACUGCUGUCCUUGUUUAUAUAUAAAUAUAUACAGUGAACCGCGGACUGAGCACCAGAGCUCGGCGCUGCCGCCGCCGCC